GGGCUCAGCGAGGGGGAGACCUGGCGCCUCUUCCCUGCGGCGCCACCUGGGCCCCAAUCCCAUCCAGCCGGGCCCCCAAAGGGUGCGGAUCGGAUGGGGCCCUGAGCGCCUGAGGGUCCUGGAACUCAGAUGGAAAACACUGCAGUCGCGUCCGCUUGGACACUCCCUCCCCCAGUGGUUGCGUUGGGAUUUCAGACAUUUUCAGACCGACAGGGGAUAGCUGUCCGGCUACGUAUGUCCCAGACGCUGCACGGGACGCCCUCGGGCUGAAUUACUGGCUGGUGCGUCUGCUUGUGUGUUUGCCGGCGCUGCAGGGAGGGAGGGGCGCUUCCUGCUCAGUGGCCGCGGCGCGGAGAUCGGGGCUGCACCGGGGACAGUGCUUGCCCUGCGCCGCUUCCCAUAACCACUGGCUACCGGCUGGCGUGGAGGCCCGCCCCGCGGUCCUGGCCGUCCCGCCCGCUGGCACAUCUGUGCGGCCGCUGUGCAGCCUCCAUCAGCCCGGGAUCCCUUCCCACCCGCUUUCUCCGGUGGCUUUUACCGGUUUUGCAAGACUGGGAGCCCUGGAGCUUUCUGUGCAGAGCUAGGCGGUGCUGGUCCCCCGGUAACUAGGUGGCUGGCUGGUCACCGAGGCCGCUGACGCUGUUUUCCCAGCUCCGUGGGUCCCUGAGGCAUUUCGCCCUUGGCCUGCUCAGCUCACACUGGGCGCUCCACGGCGGGGGCGUGACUCGAGGGCGCUUGGAGGGCUGUUGUCGGAGGGAACCCCACCUGCGGCAUUGCCUUUACUGUCUGAUGAACCGGCCCCUUUAACAAUUCCUCGUAGGAUGGGCGCACGUCGACUUGGGGGAAGCCGGCAGCUGCUCCCCUGAAUCAGAUCCAGAAGAGUUCCAGUCACAAAUGCAUGUGUGAUGCACUUUGACACGUACUGCUAAGAUGAAAUGCAGAAAUGGAAGCCACACGUCCGUGUUAGUACUCUCAGAUGUGAUUAGAUGUACUUUAUCAUGUUUUUAUGCUACUGACCUAGAAAAAAAUUAAAAAGGGUAACAGACAUCUAGGACCUGCGACCUGGAUACUUCUGAGAUGACCUGGGACUUCACAAGGAGAGAUUUUAUCUCAGCCCAUUCACACCUCAUCUGAGCCCUCUGGAUUCAUACUCAUUUCCUUCAUUGGCACUUGUCACCACUUAAUCUCCCAGGAUGGCGGACAGUCUCCCUACAGAGUUUGAUGUAAUUAUCAUAGGGACAGGUUUGCCUGAAUCCAUCCUUGCGGCUGCAUGUGCAAGAAGUGGGCAGAGAGUGCUACAUGUUGAUUCGAGAAGUUACUAUGGAGGAAACUGGGCUAGUUUCACCUUUUCAGGAUUGCUCUCCUGGUUGAAGGAGUGUGAGCAGGACAGUGAGGCUGGGGACAAAAGCACGGCUGCCUGGCAAAACCUGAUCCAGGACACAGAGGAAGCCAUCGCUCUGCGUGGGAAGGAUGACACCAUUCGACACGUAGAAGUGUUCUGUUACGCCAGCGAGGACACGGGUGACAGUGCUGAAGAGAUUGAUGCUUUGCAGAAAAAUCCUUCCUUGGUAGCGUCUAGUACCCUCACCAAACCUCUGGAUGCUGCAUGUCUGUCCGAAGAAACACACUCAGACAGUACUAGCCCCGAAAUGCCUGCCAAAGACACUCCGCAACACGAUGGAGAAAUUUUACCAGAAGUAACCGAUAGAGAGGAAACUGAGGUGAAAGAAAAGGAUUGUGGAGAGAAAACUUGUAUACACACAGUUUCAGACGGAGCUAAGGAUGAAAAUAAACCUGUGGUAGAAGACAACGCCGGUCAACCAAAGAGAAAUAGGAUUACUUACUCUCAGAUAGUUAAAGAAGGCAGGAGGUUUAAUAUCGACUUGGUCUCAAAGCUGCUGUAUUCUCAAGGCUCCCUGAUCGAUCUUUUGAUCAAAUCCAAUGUUAGUCGCUACGCUGAAUUUAAAAAUGUCACCAGGAUUCUCGCAUUUCGAGAGGGGAAAGUAGAACAGGUGCCGUGUUCCCGAGCAGAUGUCUUUAACAGCAAAGAGCUCACCAUGGUAGAAAAGAGGAUGCUGAUGAAGUUUCUGACAUUUUGCUUAGACUAUGAACAGCAUCCUGGGGAAUACCAGGAUUUCACACAGCGCCCCUUUUCCGAGUACUUAAAGACUCAAAAGUUAACCCCCAAUCUCCAGCACUUUAUACUACACUCGAUCGCAAUGACAGAGCCAUCCUGCUUGACAGUCGACGGCCUUAAAGCAACAAAGCACUUCCUUCAGUGUCUUGGACGGUACGGCAACACUCCCUUCUUAUUCCCCUUGUACGGCCAAGGGGAAAUCCCCCAGUGUUUCUGCAGGAUGUGUGCUGUUUUUGGUGGAAUCUAUUGUCUUCGCCACAGAGUGCAGUGCCUUGUGGUUGACAAGGAAUCUGGAAGGUGUGAAGCAGUGAUAGAUCAUUUUGGUCAGAGAAUCAGUGCGAAGUAUUUCAUAGUGGAGGACAGCUACCUUUCCGAGGACACCUGUGCAGGCGUGCAGUAUGAGCAGAUCUCUAGGGCUGUGCUCAUCACGGACCAGUCCGUGCUCAAGGCAGAUUCUGACCAGCAGAUCACCAUGUUGACAGUCCCUCCGGCGGAACCAGGCGCGCGUGCCGUUCGGGUCGCUGAGUUAUGUUCUUCCACCAUGACGUGCAUGAAAGACACCUACCUGGUGCAUCUGACCUGCUCAUCCGCCAGCACAGCAAGAGAAGACUUAGAACCAGUGGUGCAGGAAUUGUUCACCCCCUACGCGGAGACAGAAAUAGACGAGGGGGACCCUCCGAAGCCGCGGCUCUUGUGGGCUCUUUAUUUUAACAUGAGGGACUCCUCAGGGGUCAGCAGAAGCUCUUACCAUGGCUUACCUUCCAAUGUGUACGUCUGCUCCGGGCCUGACUGUGGACUAGGAAACGAGCACGCAGUCAAGCUCGCUGAAACCCUUUUCCAGCAGAUCUUCCCAGGAGAAGACUUCUGCCCCCCACCGCCCAAUCCAGAAGACAUUAUCUUCGAUGGGGAUGACAAGCAACCAGAGGCUCCUGGGACCAAUACUCUCAUCGUGGCCAAACUAGAAUCCUCCGAAGGAAGCCAAAACUUAGACAGCCCAGGACAGCAUCUUCAAAAUUAGGAAAAAAGAAAAGGAGGCUGGAAAUGCUACUGUGGGCCUUCAUCCUAGCAUCCGAAUAUUCUCAUUUAAAGGACAGCUUCCUGAGUAAUUAGAAGUGGUUAUGUGAUGAGUGCCAUUAGUCACUGGAUGUCUGUUAACCUGUCAGUUACUGAUUCAUUAGUUAUUGAACUGUUUUUUGUUUGUUUCAGAAUGUACUCCGUGCUCCAGAAUCUUAAACAGCGUUAGCUUUAUUUUAGUAUUGGGUGUAUAGGUGAGGGUUCCAUAUUAGCAACUGUGCUUUAAGGAGGAUUAUGUUGUAUCUGCUAAUGACUUUCAGAUUUUAUUCUUGUCUACAAUGACAGUGUCUAAAGGGUAUUUUACUUUGCAGCUAAGAUAGUUGCUACCACCUCUGAGUAAAACACACAGUAAAUUAUGUGGGUCUUUUGUAUAUAAUAUAAAAAUUUAUGGUAGCAAUAGCAACUAAUGCAAGUGCCAAUAUAAAAUUGUCUAAUUAAAAGACUAGCUUUGCAUGAUCCUUUAUUUGUGAAGGUCUGAUGUUUACAAAUGUCUCACUGUUGAGUUCUCCUAAGCCACCGUUGUAACCCAGAAGGCAACAUCACCACCACAAUCUUCUAACAUUAGAACAAGAGCCAGAAAGUCCAGUUACUUGUUGAAGAGCUCAUUCUUGGGAGGUUCCAUCAGAGAAAAUGUAGGGGAGAAGAUUCAUUCUGAUUCAAUAUUUCAGAAAAUGUCUGUAGAACCCUGGCACCGAAAAGAAGAAUUUCCAACCAGUCACUCAGGCAAAAAUAAAAAACAAAUGACUAGGAACCAGAUACUUCAGAAGGACUGUUUUCAAAUCCCCAAGGAGGAACCAAGUGAGUCCAUUUGAACCCGGGCUUCCCUUGCCCCGCCUUCUCAGUGAGGGUGAGCAUUCCUCCUCGUUGGCUCGAGCAUUAUAAUUCGCAGCAUGAACUGCAGCUGACAGGAGUGAAUCUAAGCAGGACUUCCCACAUCCCCUUGGUGUGUCCCACCCCACAAAUACAGAACCACCUUCAUCGUCGCUCUGCCUCUCGGCUGGUAUCUGUGUAGGGCAUAGAAAUACACAGUUUCCCAGGCCCACCAGGAGUCGAAAAGCUCUUAGUCCAGUGAUGCGGUCCAGCUGUGGAACCGUAAGAAGAGGUGAACCUCUCCCUUCCAGUCCCCUUUGCAUCCCUCAGUGAGAAUGAGCUUCCUGUAGGGAGAGAGGCCAUCAGGAGAGUUUCUGUUCCGGAAAUGGCCUUGACUGUGUGCUGGCCACUUACCAUGCUCUCUCAUUACGGCUCCUCAACCCUGAGAGGCAGGUGUUGAAUACAUUUUCAAAGCAGAAAGCAAGACUUCGUUCAUCCUUUUCUCCGAGUCUGGUAGGUAAAGAGCCUGCAUUGGGAUCCAGGCUUUCGUGAUUUCAAAAUCCUUCCAUGAACAUUAACGUAGAAGAAUGCGGAUUCCAGAGGAGGAGGGAAAAUGCCCCUGGAAGUCAGUCUGUUGUUGCUGGUGAAGGAAAGGAGACAGAAAUUGGUCUCCGCUCAUUACCGAAUUGGAGAAAUGGGAAGAUUAGGAGUAAAAAUAAAGAUAGCUGAGAGCUGCGGACCUCAUUGAGACAGAAUCUGGCUAAGUUUUAACAAAAGAAUGCUUUCUUAUCAUGUAUCUUUUGAUCUGAACACCAUGUCAUGAGAAAACAGAUGUACUAAGCCAAAAGGUGUUCUGAGUAGUCUUUUGUUGCUGUUCUAUGUGCGGAAAACGAAACAAGAAAGAUGAAGUCAUUUAUGCCUUUCUGAACGUAGAGAAGUCAUAAAUUGGUUUUAUAUGGUUUUUGAAUAUAGCAAAGUGAUAUUGGGUGGAUCCUAAAGUUUAAAUCCAGCCAAAA